GAAGGAGGCGGGCGCCGCGGAGAGAGAAAGCACUUCCGGCGGUGCCCCAGCCGUCGGUGUGGAGCCGGGGCUCCGGAGUCGCAGCUGUGCGGACGCCAUGUUCCUGACCGCGCUGCUGCGCCGCAACCGCAUCCCCGGCCGGCAAUGGAUCGGGAAGCACCGGCGCCCGCGUUCCGUGUCCUUCCACGGGAAGCAGAACACAAUCCGCCGCCUGGAGAUGGAGGCAGAGAACCACUAUUGGCUGAGCACACCCUUCCUUACUGCGGCACAGGAGUUCGGGCACGCUGCAGCCCGUAGAGCAGCUGCCUUCCAGGCCUUAAAGGCGGCUGGCGAGGCCAAGUUCCCGCAGCACAGGCUGCUGGUCGACCAGCUCAGCCACCUCAGUGUUACCAAGAAGUGGCCCUAACACAGAGUUGCUGCCCCUCUUUGCGGGAACCGGAACAGCUAGAAAGACAGGACCUUUGGACUAGAUCUAGGAGCAGAACACCGCGAGCAGAACACCUGGGCUUCAGGCUCCAGCUUCCUGUCUGUUGUGUCGUGUGUCUUUUUCCCAGGGGUCAUGGUGUUGUAAGAUGUAUUCUGGGUGACUGCUGUGAUAAAUAUACAAAGUGUGGUUUGAGGUCUGUGUAUGACACCGAGUAACUGCUUCAAUGAAAUGAAAACAAGCUUUGUCAGUCAAACAUAUUCCUAAAAAUAGCAUUUUCUUCUGGGACUUGCCAACAACAGUGGACAUUUACAUGAAGUGAAAUGUGCUUAUCAGAACUGCUACAUGGAGCAUUUUUUAAAAAAACGUGAUUGGGAUAAAAUUAAUAUACUACACAAUGUAUCAGUUGUAGAUACUUGAUUUCAAAUAACCCUUUUCUGAAUAAAAAUAGGGGCUUUACGGGUGUCACCAGAGAAAAUAAUCUAUUGAGGCAGGUUAGUAAGAAACUAGGAUUCCCUGGCAAGUGGAAUGAUGAGGAAAACCCAGACAAAAAGUCCCCACAGCAAGUAACAGCGAACUGAUAAAUCACAAGAUUCAAUCCUCCUUAAGCAAAGGUAUCUAAGAGCAGGGGGUUUAAAAUCGCUUUAGGGAAUAGGUAAAAAAAAAAAAACCCUACCACAAUUAGAGCCAGAUUGACCCAAGAUAGACGUGAAACUAACCAGAAUAUGACCCCAAACUCCAUUCAGUUUAAUGAUUCUGUUGAGGUCCUCCCCUGGGGCAUCCUCUGAAAUUCCUGCCUAUAGAAAAUAGAUGAAAUCCUCAGGACUAGGGACACCACCUUGGCUCUUUGAGCACACUCCUCUUUCCUCUGGCAUGUACUUUGCUUCUAUAUUAAACUUGAAGGCUCUGGGCAAGACCUGCACCCAGGGGAGCCAUGGCAAUGACAGCUGUACCAGGCAUACCCCCUGAUCCUAUCUCAAAGGGCCCUUCCUUUGUAUCACUGUCCCAAGCCUUCAUAAACUUACUUUCACCUGGA